UACAACGUCAAGAAUGGCUCUACUAUGUCCUCGGCCUCAGCCUGGUUUUUCUUUUGCGUGAAUUUUUUUUUUUUUUGUUAGAACUCACUGGUCGCAAUGCGAAGCGCAGCGCAAGCUAGAAAUGCGCCAUGGAAGAACUCUCGUCGCCAAAACCCAAACAGCAAGAGCAAGAAGCAGCCUAUCCAAAGUGGGAGACCUACUCCUGGUGGCCUCCCUCACCAAAACCCUCUCCGACUCCGGCACUCGAAACCUCGACCCUUCUUCCAUCCCCCUCUCAGAGCCCCUCCUCCUCGACAUCCUCCGCUCCUACUCCCUCCACCCCUCCAAGAAAAUCGACUUCUUCGACUGGUGCAGGUCGUCUCUGGGACCAAACUACAAGCACUCCGCCUGCGCCUACGCCCACAUCCUCCGCAUCGCUUGCCGCGCCGACCACCUCCACGAGAUUCCUCGCCUCUUGCUUUCCAUGAAGGAAGACGGCGUCGCCGCCGAUUCCGGGACUUUCAAGCUCGUACUCGAUGCGUUGAUUCGGUCCGGUAAGAUCGACUUGGCGCUCGAGAUUUUGGAUCACAUGGAGGAGCUGGAGCUGGGGGCCACCGCGAGCAUGGAUCCCAACAUGUAUAACUCGGUUCUUGUGGCUCUGAUUCGGAAAAACCAGGUGGGUUUGGCCUUAUCUAUCUUCUUUAAGCUUCUGGAUGGUUCAUCUUCAGUCCCCAGCUCCAUUGCCUGUAACCAAGUGUUAGUUGCUCUUAGGAAAGCAAACAUGAGGAUGGAAUUCAAACAAGUCUUUGAUAAGCUUAGGGAGAAGAAAAGGUUUCAGUUUGAUACUUGGGGUUACAAUGUAUGCAUUCAUGCAUUUGGCUGUUGGGGUGACUUGGCUACCUCUUUAGGCCUGUUCAAAGAAAUGAAGGAGAAGAGUUUUGGGGCUUCUGGGGCAUUGGAUCCAGACAUGUGCACCUAUAAUAGCUUAAUUCAUGUCCUAUGCUUGGUUGGGAAGGUGAAAGAUGCACUAAAUGUGUGGGAGGAAUUGAAAGGAUCCGGUCAUGAGCCUGAUGAGUUUACGUAUCGAAUACUUAUUCAAGGGUGCUGUAAAUCCUAUCGAUUGGAGGACGCAAGCAAGAUUUUUAGUGAGAUGCAGUACCAUGGGUUUAGCCCGGAUACUAAUGUGUAUAAUUCACUCCUAGAUGGGAUGUUCAAGGCGAGGAAGGUCAUGGAGGCCUGCCAACUGUUUGAGAAAAUGGUUCAAGAUGGGGUGCGAGCCUCAUGUUGGACGCAUAAUAUUGUGAUUGAUGGGUUGUUUAGGAAUGGGAGGGCUGAGGCUGGUUACACGCUGUUUUGUGACUUGAAGAAGAAGGGUCGGUUUGUGGAUGGUGUUACUUACAGCAUUGUUGUGUUGCAACUUUGUAGGGAGGGUCUGCUUGAGGAAGCACUAAGAUUGGUGGAAGAAAUGGAAGGCAGAGGCUUUGUUGUUGAUUUAGUCACUGUAACAUCGCUCUUGAUUGGGCUUCAUAAGCAUGGGCGGUGGGAUUGGACAGAGAGGCUUAUGAAGCAUGUUAGGGAUGGUAAUCUGGUUGCUGAUGUUCUGAAAUGGCAGGCUGAUAUGGAGGCUUCACUGAAAAAUCCACAGAGCAAGAGGAAGGAUUAUACACCAAUGUUCCCAUCAAAAGGCGACCUUGGUGAGAUUAUGAGUUUAAUAAGUUCUGCAGACAGGGCGAUGGACACGAACUUUGUUUCAAAUGACCCUGGAAUUGGAGAUGAAGAGACUUCAUCCACUGAUAUUGAUCAGUGGUCAUCAUCCCCGUAUAUGGAUAAAUUGGCUAGUCAAAUGAAGUCCACCGAGGAUUCUUCUCAGCCAUUUUCACUAUCUAGAGGGCGAAGGGUUCAAACAAAAGGGUCAGGCUCUUUCGACAUUGAUAUGGUUAAUACUUUCUUGUCUAUAUUUUUGGCAAAGGGAAAGCUGAGCUUAGCGUGCAAGUUGUUUGAGAUUUUCAGUGAUAUGGGUGUUGACCCUGUGAGCUACACUUAUAAUUCAAUGAUGAGUACAUUUGUCAAGAAGGGCUAUUUCAAUCAGGCAUGGGGUGUCCUAAAUGAAAUGGGUGAGAAGGUUUGCCCUGCAGAUGUAGCGACAUACAAUGUGAUAAUCCAAGGCUUGGGGAAGAUGGGAAGAGCAGAUCUAGCCAGUUCUGUUCUGGAUAAAUUAAUUAAGGAUGGUGGUUAUCUUGACAUAGUUAUGUACAACACCCUGAUUAAUGCGCUUGGGAAGGCUGGCCGGAUUGAGGAAGUAAACAAGCUUUUUGAGCAGAUGAAAACUAGUGGGAUCAAUCCGGACGUUGUCACUUUUAACACUCUCAUUGAAGUUCAUAGCAAGGCAGGUCGAUUAAAGGAUGCAUAUAAAUUCUUAAAAAUGAUGCUGGAUGCAGGCUGCUUGCCAAACCAUGUUACAGACACGACUUUGGAUUUUCUGGGAAAGGAGAUUGAGAAAUUGAGGUACCAAAAGGCAUCAAUCAUGGGCAACAAGGAUGAUCCGUCCUGACGAAAAUUUUGCUACCAAGGUUGGUUCAAGCAUAAUCAGAAUUCUUGCACCUUGCGACCAAAUAAUUCUCUGUUGACUAGAAAAACACAGAAUGGAAGAGGUAGAACCCUGGAUCAUUGAUUCAUAAUGAAAGAGCUGUAGUCAAAUUUCUCGUUCCUUGAGUGUAUUGUAAUCUUUAACCAAGUUGCUUUAUGUCUGGCAAUUCGAGUUAAAGCCUA